AUGGGGAAACGCCGCCUAGACAUUGGAGAUAUCCAGGACGAUGCUGAUAUAUACGAUCGGCUUGUGAUUCGGCAGAAGCAGAAGGCCAAGAGGCCGAAAAAGCAGGAGGAUCCGUAUGAUGAUACUGAGAGGGUUCAGCUUCAUGAGAGAUUAGAAAGGGUUCAGAACAAGGGAAGGGAAAAGAAGGAACCGAAGAAGGUGGAGCCCAUAGACGAUGCCGAAGAUCGUCCCACCUUGGUGGAGUCUGCAGAACUAGCCAACGAAAGGCUGGUUUACUCAAUUCCCAAUGUGAAAAGCUGGUGCCGUGAGAUGCUAGACAAGUACGAGGAUUUCGAGCUACACCUUUUGUUUGCGGAUAAGCUGGUGAAUGACGAGUUCAGGCGGUACCUAGGGCUAGUGGCUUCGGAUUCACACGAAGAUCCGGGCCUUUCCAAGAUUCGAGAAGCCCUUUUCGUCAAGGUACUCAAAGACAGUAUAGCCAAGCAAGAUGCGAAAAAGAGCAUGAAAGAGAGGUUCGUGGAGAGGUACAGCAGCCGGGAGGAGGCAAUUGAGGAGGAGCGAGAUCCAAAGAGUAUUCGGAGAACCGCCAAAAAGUUCAAAGUGCCUCCCAGCCUAAAACAGCUUCUUGAGGGUAAGCCCGGUUAG